AUGCAGUCAAGAAAUAAGAAGCGACUAAGACAGGAGAGGGCAAGCGAUGAAAGAUCAGAGAAGAUCCUGGAGAGUAACGAUCUGCCAGACACCUCUCCUCCGAGGCCUCUCCUUGGUGGGCUGGUACCACAAAGCCAUCUUUUGGUUACGUCUCUCCCUUCACUGCAGGACAUCGACACCCAGAUGGACUACCAGCUGAAGCUGCAGGGAACCAGCACAGCUUCCAGCCUGCUUGGCUCCUCAUCUGCGAUUGGACAGGUCCAGCAGGAAGAUGACCCCCAGAGCCAUCACAGUUAUCGGAAACUGAGUGCCAUCACUGUCGAGUGGACUCAUCGGCAUUCAAUUGUGGCUCCCCUAGCCUUCGCGCAUGAAACCAAUCUUCAUGUGGAAAGAGAGGAAAUUGGGACACCCCUGGCUCACAAUAGUUUUGUCGAUGAGCCCGAGAUCCCCAUCAUUGAGAAAAUCAGGAUCCCCAUUGUAGAAAUCAGUCAUGUCGAGGACGAGGAAGAGGUCGACAGCUACGCCGAGACUCCAGAAGAGCAGGAUACGAUGACGCCUCCGACAGAGAUGAGCCUCGAGGAGGUGACCCCAACACUUCCGCUAGAGAUCGACAUCCCAAAGGUGACCCCAACACUUCCGCUAGAGAUCAAUGUCCCAGAGGUGACCCCAACGCCUCCGAUCCCAAGAAUCCACUCUGUGAAGGCGGCAAGCCCUCUCGACAAACGCAUCCGGAGAGAUAUGGCCAACGUAACCGUAACAGCGCCUGGCUGUGACGAAGAGUCUACGCCAUCUCUAAAAACGCGGCAGAUCUUCGGAGAAGAGGGUGACAUUCCUCCCUCUGAGAUGGAAGCCCAAGCGCUAGAGAUGUCCCGCAGCCUCGCUUACAACCUUCAGGACACGUAUGAGAACCUUUUGGUUCACCUCCAAGACCUUCCCGUUCAUCUCCAGCAGAAGCUGUAUCAAACCUGCCAGCGCAUGGCCAAACUCCGCUCCGAUUUUGACUCUGCCCAAAGUUUCGAGGACUUGUCCCAUGACUUCUUGAGUAAGAGCUUUGAAAUCAUGGACGAAGCCCAGGGCUCACUGGACGAGCUGAUGGAGUACGCUUUGCAAAGCCCCAAAGCUCUCUUAUGGCUGAAGGACCACCUUCCAGUUCCAGAAGAAGGGGAAGAAGAACGGGUGUUAGGAACAGAGGGUGCAUUCCCUAUUGAAGGGGAAGCGGACCCACUUGACAUACAGAUGACGGCCGAGAAGAGAAGCAUAUUAAUAAUCCAGCAAACCUAUGACCCCAAAGGCUGUGACGAUGACACACUUCCAGGUAAAGAGAAAGAGGUCACCUCAUCUCCUCGGAAACAGGAUUCAGAAGACAUCUUGAAAACGCUCCAGACCUACGAACCCAAAGGCUGUGAUGACGAAAUCCCUUCUAACAAGCAGAAAGAGGAAGUCUCACCUUCCAGCAAACAGGACUGGAAUAUAAUGAAAACUCUGCAGGGCUACGUUCCCAAACUCUCGGAGAACAAAGGUUUUUCCAGUGAAGACCAGGAGGAAACUCCACCUUCCAUGAAAGAUGAAGAGGAGGUGAGAGAGGUGGACAUCUUGAAGCUCCAACGGGCCCAUGAUCCCAAAGGCUGUGAUGAUGGUGUAGAGAUAGUGGCCCCACCUGCUAGCGAACAGGAGUUGCAAGACAUACUAAUAGUCCAACGGGCCUAUGACCCCAAAGAAUGUUAUGAAGGAGCACCUCCUGAAGAGGAGAAGGUUGCCCCACCUUCUGGCAAAUGGGAACGGGAGGGCAUCUUACAAAUCCAACAAGCCUACGACCCCAAAGGCUGUGAUGACGAAAUCCCUUCUAACAAGGAAAAGGAGGAAGUCUCACCUUCCAGCAAACAGGACUGGAACAUACUGAAAACUCUGCAGGGCUACGUCCCCAAACUCUCGGAGAACAAAGGGUUUACCAGUGAAGACCAGGAGGAAAUCCCACCUUCCAUGAAAGAUGAAGAGGAGGUGAGAGAGGUGGACAUCUUGAAACGGGCACAUGAUCCCAAGGCUGUGAUGAUGUUGUAG